CACACACCCCACACACACACACACAUCUUUCCCAUUCACAUGCAGCUCUCUCUCUCUUUCUCUCUCUGUGUGGCGCCAUAGUGUAAAACGCUGCAGCUCUUCCAGGCGAACAGUCAGAGGCUGUUGCCUAUAACACACACACACACACACACUCACACAGACCCGUCCUCAUUCAGCGACCGGCUCACUUUCUCACCACACGCUUCUACUCGCCUCCUCACAGCAUCUGCCUCCUUCUGGAGCGAGGUACCAUGCGUCCUCCUCCUCCGUUGCGCUUGUCCUUUGCAUUCCCAGGGUCCCUUCACCACCCAGGGCUCUAAUGCUUAAAAACCAAGAGACCCUUAACAAAAAAGAAAAAGCAGCUGUGUGACUUCCUACAGGAAUUUGGAGACAGAUCAACCCGUUUUGUUUUUCGUUGCCGCUGUUGCUUGUGAGGGAAAUGCUGCAUGUGUUUGGAUACAUAUCUGCACUGGACUCCUGAUCCCUCUCAAAAGUUGUGAGCGAGUCCGAAGACAUCCAGACGUCCAUCCGUGCAUCUUUCUACUUGACCGCCGGCAACUCGCUGUUUUCCAGGUGCAGACAGACUGGCUGGGGAAUCCCUCACACUCUGACCAAGACCCUGACAUGUCCGGCCGUGAGAAGCUGCACGAGACGGCGACUCUUCCCUUAAAGCAAACCGAACAACCUCCUCGUUGCCUCAUGCAGUUUCCACAUGAGCUUCAGCAGAACUAGGCAGGACUGGCUCGCUCUCAACUUCACAUAGUCUCAAUCCCAGCUUCCGCAGACAGACCCGGAGGCUCUCAAGGGCGUUAAGGGCACCAACAGGGUCCCGUUUGUCUUGGAGCGUUCUUGCGGCAGUCUGCCAGCAGCCAUGCAGGUGUCCUUCGCGUGUACGGACCACGGGCUGAAGGCCCCUCGCAACGGCGAGCACAGCAAGCAGAACGCCACCAGCCCCAACACGACCAGCCAUGCCCGCGCCCGCUUCCGCACCGUGGCCCUGAUCGCCCGCAGCCUGGGCUCCUUCACCCACCGCUACCACCACAACCUGAAGGAGUCCACCGCCAAGUUGACCGGCAUGAAAUACCGGAACCUGGGGAAAUCUGGUUUACGUGUCUCCUGUGUGGGUCUUGGAACAUGGGUAACAUUUGGAGGUCAGAUCUCUGAUGAGGUAGCAGAGCAGCUGAUGACCAUUGCCUAUGAGAGUGGGGUCAACCUGUUCGAUACGGCCGAAGUCUACUCUGGGGGAAAAGCAGAGAUAAUCUUGGGAAACAUCAUCAAGAAGAAGUGCUGGAGGAGAUCCAGCCUUGUGAUCACCACAAAGCUCUACUGGGGAGGAAAAGCAGAGACAGAGAGAGGCCUCAACCGAAAACACAUCAUUGAAGGCUUAAAAGGUUCCCUCCAGAGGAUGCAGCUCGAAUAUGUGGAUGUGGUUUUUGCCAACCGGACAGACAGCAACACUCCUAUGGAGGAAAUUGUGAGAGCUAUGACUCAUGUGAUUAACCAAGGGAUGUCCAUGUACUGGGGAACAUCUCGCUGGUCUGCCAUGGAGAUCAUGGAAGCCUAUUCUGUGGCCAGACAGUUUAAUCUUAUUCCACCGGUGUGCGAGCAGGCUGAGUAUCAUUUCUUCCAGCGGGAGAAGGUGGAAACUCAGCUUCCUGAACUCUACCAUAAAAUAGGUGUGGGUGUGGUCUCUUGGUCUCCUCUGGCAUGUGGGAUUAUCACCGGAAAGUAUGAAAACGGCAUCCCAGAGUCCUCAAGAGCUGCAAUGAAGCCAUAUCAGUGGUUGAGGGAGAAGAUAACGAGUGAGGAUGGAAGAAAACAGCAAUCCAAACUAAAAGAACUGACUCAUAUUGGAGAAAAAUUAGGAUGUACCUUGCCACAGUUAGCCAUAGCCUGGUGCUUGAGGAAUGAGGGCGUCAGCUCAGUGCUCCUGGGGGCCUCCAAUCCCACGCAGCUGACAGAAAACCUGGGAGCCAUUCAGGUAAUUCCAAAGAUUACAGCAGGUAUUGCUUCAGAAAUGGACCAUAUUCUGGGCAACCGUCCACACAGUAAAAGGGACUACCACCACUAGGAUGGACACUUUCUACUAAACUACGCUCAUAAGGCUUUUCAAAGCUCACUUUUCACAGCCAUGGCACCAUAAGUGCGUGCCCAUGACUGCGUGUAUCUGUGGAGGACUGUGUGAUUGUACUUGGCUCUUUCAACUCAUAACUGUGAAGUGGGCUACAUGACGACAAAGCGUGCAUGCAAAACCAGCCAGUUAUCAGACUGAACACGAUUUGGAGGAUCCAUCAAGACAAUUCCCUGCAUCGAAAAGAAAAACCUCACCAACAGCGAACUCUGCAGUAGGUGCUCACCCAUAAAGUGCUGGAAAAAGAAUAGAAUUAAUUGUUUAAAUACUCAGUUAAAAUGGCUGUCAGUGCAUGUAGAGAAAACUACUGAGGAAUUAAUUACUCUAAGCAUCCAAUUAAGCAUAGCAGAGCACUAUGAUAAUAGAUUAUUUGCAUCAAAAUGGACCUAAUGCUAGAGAAAUCUAUUUUACUCUAUUUUACUGUAUAAUGUAAAAAGAAUUACAAAUGGUGAUUAUAAUGAGCCAUAUUUCAGCACAAUGAAUGAACAUUCCCCAAUGCAGCUGGAGCUUGCUUGUCCAUGUGAUUCCUUCAGAACUGGAAGAUCUAAAUGUCAGCUAAACAUUGUUUUUUGCUAUCGCCAUAAAAAAAGUUUAAUUAGUUUAA